GUGCUAAAUAAAAUCUUCACCCUCACUGAGGUAAUUCUCACUACAGAACCAUGGCUCUCAUCUCUCUGCUCCUUCUGGCUGCUCUGCUGCCACAGCUGGGCCACUCUGGAGGCCUUCAAGGAGACGUCUGGUGCUCUACCCAGUACGUAAACAUUCACAGUUCACCAAGUUCACACGCAGUGGAGCACACAACAUCCACCCCAAAAGCCAGUGUUAAGGUUGGUGUACUGAAUCAUGUAGAGGCUGAACCUCACUCCAGACCCUACAUGGUGUCUCUCCAAGCAGGGACUCAGCACUUCUGUGGUGGCUUCCUUGUGAGUGAACAAUUCGUCAUGACGGCUGCAUAUUGCCAAACUGAGGAAAAUAGAGAGGAAAAUAUAACAGCAGUAAUAGGAGCUCAUGAUCUGACGAGCAAUGACCCUGAGCGCAUACAAGUGACGGAGUACUACAGCCACCCAAACUUUACAAAUCACCAGAAACACCCAGAAAAUAACAUCAUGCUGCUGAAGUUAGCCAAGCCAGUUGUAAAUGCUUCCUGGAUUUCCAUCCCAGAAAAAGACGAAGACUUGGAGCAAAACACCACUUGCAGUAUAGCUGGUUGGAGACCUGUAAGUGAUGUUUUUUUCGAGGCAAAAGUCACCAUGUUAAGCAGCAAGGAAUGCAAACGUUGGUGGAAAUUCAACAAUAUACUGUGUACAGAUGCUCGCCAUCAUGGAUUUUGCGUGGGAGACGGUGGAGGUCCUUUGGUGUGUAAUAAUACUGCAGUCGGAAUCAUGUCCUACUAUGAAAAGAACUGUGUAACUUCCAAAGCACCACAGGGCUACAUCAAGAUUUCUGGAUUCCUGACCUGGAUCAGAGGAAUAAUUAGUAGUAUUAAAUAAUUAGCAUUCUGAAUGGUUCACUGGGGCUGGCUUGACCAUAAAAUUGUGGUUCAUGAUU